ACAUCUAUAUCUAUAUCUCUUACCUAACUCCUCCUAGACACAUUAAUUAAUCUGGAGGAAGUACAUUAUAUUAACUGCCUGGGGUACCAGGAUAAUACACAUCGUUAAAGCUUAUGGGAAUUAUUUUUAGAACACUCAUAUCCUAAUUAGCUGAUCUCAAAACAUACAUGUACACUGUUCACAAUACGUGUACGUUACAUGUAUGUGUAUAUUGUUCACAUUAUGUAUAUGCUGUUUUUUGUAAAUAAAACAGUUUUUAGUGCAGUGGCACUUUGGGAUUUAAUGAACAUAAAAAUAAUAACAUGAUAACAUUAACAUACAUGUCUGAGUUUCCAUACAUGAGCAAAGUGGACAAGCACUGUAGGCCUAGCAAUAAAAUAUCCAUAGGAUAGGUUUUUGCGAGUAAUUAAAUAUAUUUACAGGAGCAACAAGACCUUUACCUGAAAUUAGGUAAAUACUGACAACAUCCUGCUUGUUUUUCAAUGCAAGCUGUACUAAUGUAAUGCCUUAGCAUCAUGUAUACAUUUUAGCAUGUAUUUUCUUCUUCUAUCAAAAAAUGUGUCGUAUUUAUUGACCUCUGGCCUCCACCAAAUGUUCCACUGUGCGGUCCAGCCCACAUUUAGCUCUGUCUCAUGCUGACAGCCAGUAUCAGGCAUGAAAUGGUUGUUGGGCAAGACAGUCUCAGCUUCUUUUAACUUGAUGGAACUAAACUUGAUUCAACACUUCUCUGACGAUGGCUGUGAAAUAUUUACAGCAGGGCACAAACUGGGGAGGGCUCGGGAAAGCGAGGGGCAGAGGCAUGAGUUUAAAGUUGCAGACUCAGUAUCUGCUUUGAGUGUCUGACCAUGGGGAGUACUUAAAUUAGUCUCUUCCCUUUACCCACAGGCUGGCACUGACAAGGACGUGCAAGGGAACAAACUGCCUGUGGGUCCCUUUUCUGUACUAAUGGCGCAAAGGAUGUUGAAUGAAGGUGGGCAAGAUGGCCGAUCAGUCCUGGGAAUGUUGGAGGUGCAGGUAGAGCGGGACCCCAAGACAGGUGCCACCAUCGUUAGGUCAGUGGCUCCUGUGUCCACACCAGCUGGUGCUCCAAAGGCUACCACUGUCUUUGACGACGGCAGGAGGAGCAUCCACACUAUCAGUGGGUCAGCAGAUCAACCCUCGUCAAAAGAGCUCGGGCAGAUCUUGAGUGUCAUCGAUGGGGUCGGGAUGAAAGUGCUGCUGAAUGAAGUCACAGUCACACCAACCAAGACAGAGACAGUAGAAGCUAGCAAAGGCUCAGAGAAAAAAGGCCUGUCGCUUCAUACCCAUCCCAGCACAUCAAAGGAAGACUACAGGCCAUUCGGCGGCUCUAGAAGCGAUGAUUUAGAAGUUGAGCUGAGCAGUGAGAAGUGUGUUGUAAAUGUGGGAAACACAGAUGAUAAAAACACGAUGGCAGUGAGAGACACUUUGGAAAAAGUAGAUAUUGUGGAGAAUCAGAUGUUGGAGGAAAGUCCUGUCACACUUGUGUUCUUGGGAUACGCUGAUGCUACAACAGACCAGAGUCAGAGCCAAGAGGAGCAGGAAGGCAUGAUCACUGUGGAACGAGUGAUAAUCACGGAGGAUGGAGAAGAGCAUGUCUUAGGACCUGAAAUGCCUCCUCCACUUUAUUCACCAUUAGACCAGGUAGCAGAGCAAGGCACCGGGAAAGAGUCCAAAGAUGAAGCAGUUCAGGUUAUUCCCUCGGGUGGAAACGGAGCUGGAAUCGAUGUGCAGGCAGAGGAAGGUGAUAAAGAGUCACAUAAUACAUCUCCACCAGGCAUAACAGAGGGAAAAGGCAGUUCUACGCACAGGAGCUGCCGGUGUUGCUCUGUCAUGUAAGAAAUGGUUGAAGAAAGACUCCCUGUAUACCAUGUAUACACUGCUUCCUUUAUAUGUUGCUUUAUAUGAGUGGGUUUAAUAGCAUACUAAACCAUCACCCACCAUUUCACCUCCCCUUGAUAAUAAAAGUGGCACUUAUAUAUUUGUGCAGCUUCUACAAAGCUGAGAACUAAAGUCCACUUCCACCCCCUACUGGACAGAAAUAAGAACUUCAAGCAAGCAAGCUUAUCCAAGAGAAAAACUCCACACUAAAUGUUUAGCCAUGGUUCCUGUAGAAAUGGGGUGGGGAAAUUACUCCAUCCUUUAGCAUGCACAUCUUAAUGCUUAUGGUGUCCCUCACUGUUUCUGGUAUGAAAAAUACCCUGCAACUGAGGCCUGAGAUUUUGAGUGUUUCUGUGUUUUGAUGCAUCACCUUUACACGUUGAGUUUCUUAAGACGGAUUCAGAUUCACCAUUUCUGUGUAAAAAUCCAAACAUUAACAUUUUGAGAAAUUAUCUCAUUCUUGCUCAGAGUUACAUGAGAAACAUUACACUUUUUUAAUGUCUGUGCAGUCACUGUGAAACUAAAACCAGCAUCUGGUUACUGCUGCGCUCGGGCUGCAGAUAACCUCGCUGACAUGGCAACAAGACAUUUUUAUCUCUCAGUUUCAAACACUGAUUAGGUGUUAAUUAGAAGUUCUGGCUGGCAGAUUUUUUUUUUUAAACUUCCUGGCAGUUUGGCUUGUUGGUUUCACGUUCAUGCCAAGUUAAGAAAAUUGGUUUGUAGAAUUUGUCUAAUAUUUUUCUGAGGCACUGAUCGUCUCAUCUAAUUCUUGGGGAAAGAAAGUAAAUAGUAUACCGCCCACCAUCUUGAACUAUGCCUUCACUAUUUUAGAACUGAUAUAUACAUUAAAAAUACUUCUAGAAUUGUUUGAAACACUUUAAAACCACAUUGGCAAUACAAGAAGAACAACAUGUUCUUCUUGUAUAUUCACUGUAGAAAAUCUGGAAAUCACUGUCUUUAUCUGACCUUUGUUUGAUUUUUUUUUCUCACUGAAUUUAGCUAUAACACUGAUUUAUGGCAGUGGAUGUUAAACAGGAUAUGUUGUAAUAUGACAGAUUCCAGUUGGUGUAGUGAUCGAGUUUUACAAUUAGAUUUGAGAUGUACUCACAAUUUCACACUAAAGCAGUAAACAUGCAGACCUCCCAUAUUUGCUUCUGUAUCAUACACCGAAAUGCAUUUUUUUAAAAUGGAGAUUUUCCAGCGCAGUUUUGUGACUUUUAAAAUCACGACUUUAAAUUGUGAAUUUUAAUUCACGUGACAUCUUUGUAUUUCUAAAAUUUCCUUUAUUUAAGGUGUUUACGUGUGUAAAAACAGUAAUUACACCAACAACAAAUACUGACCACUGCUGUAGUACAAUUAACCAGGUGUAAAGUUGCAGAAAAAUACUUUAAUUAGUUCGAUUAUUGUGUAAUUUAAUGUAAAAAUCUUGUACAUUUGAUGCAUAUUUAACAGGAUAAAAUAUGGCAGCAUACUUUCAUUUAUAUGUUCAAAAAAUGUCAAAAUCAAGUUUAUAAACUAGCAAAUGGGUUUAUCAUUAUGAAAAUAUCCAGUUAAUUUGAGACUAUUAUGUUACAUAAGCUGUUAAAUGUAACUUUACAUCAAAAUGUUGAAUAAACAACAGAUCUUCACAUUUAAAGAAGGUAAGCCCACAUAUGAAAUGAUUGGAUUUAUCUUUAUUUAACACCAUAAAAUAUAAUUCCCCAUUGUAAUAUACUGUUAAUUUAUGAUCAUAGUAAGUUUAAUAUGAUUCUUUAUAAAUAACUUCACAUUCAAAUAUGAAAUAUUUCACAGAAGUUUACUGUAAAAAAAAAGUGUGCACUAAUUACAUUGCUGGAUUUAACUUAGAAAAAUCCAUUUUAAAAUGGUUAACCUUGAUUAUGAUAUUAUUAUUAUAGUUAAAACAAGCUGCUGUCAUAUGUAAUAUGUUUCUUACCACAUGAAAUUAAUGGAUGGACAUUUUUAAAAUAUGCUGUUAAUUAAAGAUCACAUUUAAAAAAACGCAUUAAACCUUUAUUUUAAUAAGGUUAUCAGAGUAACAGUAUUUUGCCUGCAGCAUUGUGGUCAAAUGACGAAUCAUGAAAUGAUGAGUUUGCUUUAUAAUGCCAUCAUCAAACCAUUAGGAACCUGGUGCAAAAAUCACACACAUACAAAAAAGACCUACUUGUACACUCCUAAACUAUCGUGAUGAAUCAGAUGAAUGUUUCAGUCCCAUGAAUCAGAUCUCGUUCAAAUACAGACGAGGUUGGAAGGAACUGAUGAACAGUUGAAGAACAGUAGAAAUUUGCAAAGAGUGUGUUUAUGAUAAUACAUUUGCAUUUGGAGCCUGUUGCUACAUAUUGAUAUGAGGGUGAAUUGAAAAAAAAAACCCACAUAAAUUUGUAUGGAUCCAUAGUCAAUGGUAUGCUUCGAUGUCAAUAACCUGGUAGCCCUGUUUUUUAGUGAAUGACAGUUUAAAUGGUGAUAAUAAAAAAAAAACCCUUUUGCAAAUGUCUACAUAAUCAACCAACCUACAGGCUGCAAGCACAUGUGAAAGAGUGCAUAAAUUUCAUGCAAGGACCCAUCCUUUCUUUGUACGACAAUGAAACACCAGCAUAAACUGCAUCCUCCAAAACUGGCAGAUGUUCAGUCAGUAGUAGGAUGCAAACAUCAACACAACACCACCAGAAGAUUGUGAUGUGGCCAUAACCAAUGGUCUGACCCACAGAUAAUAUGAAGUACUCUGCUGCCAAAGAAGAACUUCACUACACAUAAGUAAGACAGGGAAUCAUUAACUGUUAGCCACAGACUGUAGGGUCAGUGGGUCUGACUGUAUUUCAAUGUUGAAUCCCGACCUUCAUAUCCCCUGUGGACCUUGAUAUCCCUGCUUGUUCAACAACAAGAAACCAAAAACUGUAUCAUGCAUGAACUCAAAAUGAGGUAAAUAUGACACUGCUGAUAGAAAUUUCUCAUUCCUGUCCCAUAAUGCACUGGGAAAUCAGAGGGAAAAGGCCAAUACAGAACUUGCUGGAGAAUCAUCAGAAUUUUACAUUUUCUUUAACAUCAAGUAAUCUAGUAGAAGUGGUCUGUAAAUGAAUGGUUAUCUUAAAAAAAAAAAAACACCUGUAAACAGCUCAAUCAGGAAAAACAGGGACUCCAAGUCUGACAUUACAAAGAUUCAAUUUAUGAGGCCCCCUUUAAUCUGAUGCAUGUGCUUUAACUCAGAGAACCAAAAUCGGCUGUGUUAGCUUAGCUUAGCUUUACCAGCAAUUUGUACUGGAAUGGGAGAAAUUCCUUCAUGUGUUCAGCCAUGGAGUAACAACCACCGGGACAGAUCGUAAAUAAUAUGGGGUCACCUUAAUGGGUUCCUGAAUGAAAGAAGAAAUUUCAUUCACGUAGACACCUUUUCUGAUUUUAUUAAAGAAAUGGAGGGCAAAUGCAAGCUACCUGAGGGAAAAAAGAGCUGGAGUACGAAAACGAAAAUAUUGAAGCAACAGAAGGCAGAUGUGACUAAAGUUAAUGAUGCACACAUCCAAGUUGAAGUACUCAAGGAGCAGAAGGAAUUUGAGAGUAAGAAACAUCUGGAAGAGAUAAGAACUGGAGCAGAAAUACAAAGAUCUGGAGGAGAAGGAUAAACUUCUGCAGAAAAAACAUCAGCUCCAGGAGAAAUGUAUGCAGCCUUAAAAGCCGGAGAACAUAAAAAGUCAGUAUGCACAGCUGGAGGAAAAAAAUAAACAGCUGGAGCUCGAACACCAAAUAAUGGAGAAAAAGAUCCAUCUGGAAGUAUCAGAACUGGAAACAAAGUUAAAAGAUGCACACAUGAUCAUUGAAAUAGAGGAUGAUUGCAAGAAAAAUCUGGAAAACUGGAGGAAAUGCUGAAAUAUUCAAAGAAAAGAACUGGAAAAUGAGCGCAAAGAAAUGGAGAUCAAAAAGUUUGAGUUGGGUUGGCGAUGUGUCAGGUUCUUUAAUCAACUCCCCAGCUUGAAUAAUUCUGUUGGGUUAUAGUUUGGGUAGCUUUGAUCAAAUAUUAGUUCAAACUUUUACUAUCAUCCUCCAUCUAUCAGCCACAUCUUGCUAGCGCUGGUUCAUGUUAUAGCAGUCUUCAUAUAAAAAUGUGUUAAACAAAAAGAAAGAAAAAUGCUGUUGCUAGAUAGCCAAGCUACAUUCACUACAUAAUGACAUUUGGGGAAAGCACUGCUUUCAUCUAAUUCUUGUAUUUACAGCAUUAAAGUAGUCUUUAGCAGUUUUAUCAACUAAAUAAACACUGCAUAUCUGUGAACUAAUCAUAAGUUAUCUACAGUAUUUUUGCAAGAAGCAAAAUGUUUCUGUUUAAAAAAUGACUUUUUUGAUGUUAAUUCAUCAAAGUUGUGUAAAAAUCACAUGAAGCAUUCUGUUACAUUACAUACAUUGGGGGAGUGGGGGGUUGCUGUGUAGGACCAACGACAGUAUUUACCAAGAGUCAGACUCCAUAUUUUCACUUUGCAGCAGGUCAUUCAGCUCUUUGGGCUCACUCACUGCAGGUCAUUUGAACUGUGUGCUGCUGCUUAAAGAUGCGGAUUUUGUUUGUUCACAUGACAUAGAGUAGAGAAGGGCACAUGAGCUAAGAAGAUGAGCUGGAUCAUUCAUAUUUCCAUUGAGGUUAGUACUAUCACGCACAGGGGAAGACCACAGCACUGCAAUCAGGCAACGCAGACAGAACACCACAAACUGCUUCAAAGACGUUUCAACAUGGAAGCAAGAGGUCCUAGACGCAGCCCUCAAAUUCUACUUUCUGAUGAUGACAGUGGUCUGUGGAUGAAGAUGGAUUCAAACCAUGUGAGCAACCACACAGAGAAUUUUUCAGCGACCUCUGAAGACAAAAUCACAACGAUCUCUGCUGCUCCCACUGCUAUAAUGAGGUACUACAGUGUGAUGGAUGAUGAAGGUGCAGAUGAUGUCUUCAUCCCUCAACCACCUCCUCCACCUCGCACGGCUACAUCGCUGCCAGCAGAGAAAAGCACAGGUGCAACAGCAAGUAAGUCUGGUGUGACCCUUUCAGUUGACGCAACAGAGGCUGAAGCUAAUCCAAGAGGCUUAGACUUGUCUCAUAGUGAGGAGCAGUUAAUGGUAGCACGAAACGAGCUGGAUGAAGAGGUGACUGCAAGUGCAGUGCAGUUGUCUAUGGCCAACAUAUCCAAUGAACAAGACUCCUCUCCACCAACUUAUCAAGAACAACAAUCCAUGGAUGUGACUGGUUGUCUGAUGGAAACUGGUUAUGAUACAGAUCGAAGACCUUACGGGAAUAACGCAACAGAGAAUGACAAACCAGAGGACAUUGUAAUUAUAAGUGAAGAACAGGGAAACUGCUGGGAAGCCAAUACGGAGGAAGACAGUUACCCAAAACAAACACAUUCAAACCACAGAGAAGACUCUGAGAAUCAGAUCCAUUUAGACAAAGACGGAGACAAAAUAAAACACAAGGACAUUGGUGAUUUUGAUGAAACAGACUUAAAACUAUUAAGAGAAAGUAUAGCUAUCGAGAGUGUGGAGGCAAAUUCCGAUGAUGAUUUCAAGCUCUGUAAAUGCAACCAAAACAGGACCGAUACAGCAACCAGUCAGGCACAGGCUGCUGACUUCCAAACAGAUACGGACAAAGACAAUGAAGAGCAUGAUGACCGUACAUCUUUGGAUUAUAACCUCAUAAAGUGUGACUGUGUGAGGAAAGAAAGCGGCAGCACAGAAAUGCAAGUGCUAUCCAGUUCCAAAGGUUCUGAAGAAAGAGAGACAAUGGGGGAGCAAGAGGAUGGAAGCAGGAAAAUAUCUACUGAUAUCCAACAAGGUGAGCAACUGCUUCAUCGUCUGCAGCUGGUACAGCUACGACAUGAUGUGAAAAUGUCAGAGAACGCUGAUACCCAACAGCAGGCUGUCAUGAUGGAUGAAAAAAAGGGCAUGUUUGGGACUGAAACAGAGAAUAUACCUAGUGAAGAAGAGAGGGAAGAAGGCAGAUUCGAAACUCUUAAGGAAGAUGAAGAAAAGGUGAGCCUGAUGGAAAAGGAAAAUAAUGAGGACAAAGACAUUCAAACAAGAGCAAGGACAUCUUCAUCCACAAUUCCAGGAGAGUCAGAAGAAGACCAGAGGGUUGUCAGAAUAGAUCCGAGUGACUCUAAUGACAAUCAGAGUGAUAGCUGGGAGCCUACAGAUUUGACUCCCAGUAAUCCUCAUGAAACUUCUAAUGAAAUUCCAUUUCUUUCCACUGGACACCGAUUUUCAGCUGCUGAAACCUACAUGGAGAGGCAGCUCCAUGAGGCAGCCCAGGGGAAGCAGAAGCUGCAGAGAGCUGGAGGUGUUUUCAAUCUUGCAGAAAAUCCAGAUGUGCUGGAGAUUCCCUUUAAAACAGAUAUCUCUCUUGAGUCACUCACUACCAAGGUAGGUACAAGCCAAUGCAACGAGUGGCAAUUCUCUGAACAGAAGAUGCUCAAAGAGAUAAGUCAGGAUAUUCAGAGAGAACUAGUGCUGGUCAAUCAAGGUAAAAUCCCAGGGGGGUACAGCAAAGGAGAGAUCCGCCAGUUAAAAGAGACAAAACUGCUGUUUGAAGCCUUCCAGCAGGACAAUCCGGAGGGUCCAACAAGACACCGUAAAUCCCCCACAACUCUGAGGAAAGGUCACAUUUACCCUUCAGUGCUAGAGCGCACACGUAGCCUUGAGAUGUUUUCCCUCAAAACUUGUCCUGUUUCCAGAGCACAUUCCCUCAGGCUGUACCAAUCUGCAAAUCUUGAGAAGGAAAAAAGUCCUGACAGCAUCAGAUCAAAGAGCCCAACUGGAGGGUCACGAGACAAAACUCGCUUAUCCCCUUACCCAAAACAAGACAAAAACAUUCGCCUGUACAGAAGCAUGGACUCUAUAAGCAAUGACUUCUCUACGUUAGCUGUGGAGGGUAAAGCAAAGGCAGCAAAUGCAAACAAAGAGUCUUCAAUCCUCAAGCAAAACCCAUUCUUCAAAUUGCGCCCAGCCCUGGCUCUACAACCAGAGGUAGAGAAGGACAUCCGAGAAGCCAAAGAAAGAGAAGAGGAGCUGCGCAAGCAGAGACGCAGUCUGUAUGGAGAGAAGAGACAGAAUAGUGAAGAUGAACAAAAGUCACAAACACUCCCAACAGACAGCAGGAAACAGUCACGGGGGAAACUGGAGCGGGUUUGGCCACCUCCUUCUAAAAAGGACCAGAUAAAACUGGAGCAGAUAGAGCAGGAGCCAAAAGUUCACCGAGCAGGAGGACAGAAAGCUUCUCUCUGGCAACGCUGGGAGUCCGGCCUGAUCAAUGGGAAGCCGUCAAAAGAAAAGAAGUGAUGUUAUAUGUCCUGGUUCUUGAACACUACAAACAGAAUAUCACCAGCACUAGACUUAUAGUCAAAAUAACCCAAAUUGUUAUGCUAGUCCCAGCUUCAAUACUUCCUCGCUCUUUUAACUCUGCUUUGUAUCUGUGACAAAUAUGCUUUUUUGUAUCUUUAUUAUUAUUUUAAAAAAAAAAUAACAAUACCAGUCCAUAGAUUAUGUUAGGAAAAACUCUUGGACCAAAACAGCCACUGUUCCAGCUGGUCCAGGAAAUGACUUUGUUAGAAUGCUGGCUAGCAUUAGCAGCUACUUCCUGAGAACCCUGGCUAGCAUUAGCAGCAGCUUCCUGCUCUGUCAGAUUUAGAAAGGUUUACACUUUCAGUUGACAGUUCAACAAAAGAAGGGUCCAAUCUUAUGGAACAACAUGGUUUAUACUUUUUUUUAAAAAAAAUAAAUAUUGUACCAUAAACACAACUGUCAGUUAUGUAGACAACACUAUAAAACUAUUUAAGCUAGCCUACUUGUAUGGGGGAAAAAAACUCACAAAAUAUCCUUUGUGAAUGUAGCAUGCCUAAAUCUUCAAGGGUUAACUUAGCAAGAACAAGCAAUAUGAAUAAGAAUUAAAUGAUGGGAUGUAUGGGAUAUAUUCUUGACAAUAUUAAUAAAAGACCAAGCUGCUUCACACUUUUUUUUAGCUUUGGUGAGCCUCUUGGUUUAUGAAAGUCUAUUUCCAAAAUGCCUCUAAGCAGGUUUCAUAGGUUGGAUGCACUGGUUCUGGCUGCUCCAGUCACUGUACAAUGUCUGAAGGGACUCUUUACUAAGCCACUCUUACUCUUGGAUUUACUCUGAGGCCACACAGAGGAGAUUACACUGAUCACAGCUGCUUUUUUCUGUAUAGCUUGAUGUAUCAUUUGUGGGUUUUGUUGCAUAUUUUCUAACAAGCCUAAAGAUCAUCCAAAGACCAGAAAAUCCUAAAUGGAGAAUAAUGAUUAUUCAAAAUAAAUUUAUACCACUUAAUCCAUUGAA